GGUGUCCCCAGCCGGUUUGGGGGGUGCGUUGCCCGGAGACGGAAAGUUUGGGAGCCCGAGCAGGCUCGGCUGCAGCCUUGGGGAGGGGGUCCAGCGGGUGGCGGCCCUGGGGAUGGGGAAGGAGCAGGAGCUGCUGGAGGCGGCCCGCACCGGGCACCUCCCGGCGGUGGAGAAGCUGCUGUCCGGGAAGCGGCUCUCCUCAGGCUUUGGGGGCGGCGGCGGCGGUGGCUCUGGGGGCGGCGGCGGCGGCAGCGGCGGCGGCGGCGGCGGCCUCGGCUCUUCCAGCCACCCCCUCUCCAGUCUGCUCAGCAUGUGGAGAGGGCCAAAUGUGAACUGUGUUGACAGCACUGGCUACACACCCCUGCACCAUGCUGCUUUGAAUGGCCAUAAGGAUGUGGUCGAGGUUCUUCUGAGGAACGAUGCGCUGACCAACGUGGCUGACUCAAAAGGCUGCUACCCUCUGCAUUUGGCAGCCUGGAAAGGAGAUGCCCAGAUAGUGCGGUUGCUCAUCCAUCAAGGGCCUUCACACACCAGAGUCAAUGAACAGAAUGCUCUUGAGAUCAAAGAACUCAAAAAGUACGGCCCCUUUGACCCUUAUAUCAAUGCCAAGAACAAUGACAACGAGACGGCCCUGCAUUGUGCAGCGCAGUAUGGCCACACAGAGGUGGUGAAGGUGCUCUUAGAGGAGCUGACGGACCCCACCAUGCGCAACAACAAAUUCGAGACCCCUUUGGACCUGGCAGCACUGUACGGGCGACUGGAGGUGGUGAAAAUGCUCCUUAAUGCACACCCCAACCUCCUGAGCUGCAACACUAAGAAGCACACCCCUCUGCACUUGGCAGCAAGGAAUGGCCACAAAGCCGUGGUCCAGGUCCUCCUCGAUGCUGGCAUGGACAGCAACUACCAGACGGAGAUGGGCAGUGCUUUGCAUGAGGCUGCUUUGUUUGGCAAGACCGAUGUGGUGCAAAUCCUGCUGGCUGCAGGAAUUGACGUCAACAUAAAAGAUAACCAUGGACUGACUGCCCUAGACACUGUUCGGGAACUGCCUUCUCAAAAGAGCCAGCAAAUAGCGGCAUUAAUUGAAGAUCACAUGACUGGAAAAAGAAGUACAAAAGAAGUAGAUAAAACCGCCCCACCCCAGCCACCUCUCAUCUCCAGUAUGGACUCCAUAUCACAGAAGUCUCAGGGUGACGUGGAGAAAGCAGUGACUGAACUGAUUAUCGAUUUUGAUGCAAAUGCUGAAGAAGAGGGUCCCUACGAAGCUCUGUAUAAUGCCAUCUCCUGCCAUUCGUUGGACAGCAUGGCCAGCGGGCGAUCAUCUGACCGAGACUCCACGAACAAGGAGGCUGAGGCAGCAGGAGUGAAACCUGCUGGAGUGAGGCCUAGGGAACGUCCACCGCCUCCAGCAAAGCCACCGCCCGACGAAGAGGAAGAAGACCACAUAGAUAAGAAGUAUUUUCCCUUGACAGCUUCUGAGGUUCUGUCCAUGAGACCUAGGAUUCAUGGGAGUGCAGCCCGGGAAGAAGACGAACACCCUUAUGAACUGUUGUUAACAGCAGAGACAAAGAAAGUGGUGUUGGUGGAUGGAAAAACAAAAGACCACAGGCGGAGCAGCAGCAGCCGGAGCCAGGACUCUGCGGAGGGGCAGGACGGGCAGGUCCCAGAGCAGUUCUCAGGCCUCCUCCACGGCUCCUCCCCGGUGUGCGAGGUGGGGCAGGACCCUUUCCAGCUGCUCUGUACCGCUGGCCAGAGCCAUCCAGACGGGUCCCCCCAGCAGGGCGCCUGCCACAAGGCCAGCAUGCAGCUGGAGGAGACGGGUGUGCAUGCUCCUGGAGCCUCCCAGCCCAGUGCCCUGGACCAGAGCAAGAGGGUGGGCUACCUCGCAGGCCUGCCCACCACCAACAGCCGUUCGCACCCUGAAACUUUGACUCACACAGCAUCUCCGCACCCUGGUGGUGCUGAGGAAGGAGACCGGAGUGGGGCCAGGAGCCGAGCCCCUCCCACUAGCAAACCCAAAGCUGAACUCAAACUCAGCCGCAGCUUGUCCAAGUCUGACUCUGAUCUCCUGACCUGCUCACCCACAGAGGACGCUACCAUGGGGAGUCGGAGUGAGUCCUUAUCCAACUGCAGCAUUGGGAAGAAAAGGCUAGAGAAGUCACCCUCCUUCGCCUCGGAGUGGGAUGAGAUUGAGAAAAUCAUGAGUUCUAUUGGAGAAGGGAUUGACUUUUCUCAGGAACGGCAGAAGAUCUCAGGUUCGCGGACGCUGGAGCAGAGUGUCGGGGAGUGGCUGGAGUCGAUUGGGCUGCAGCAGUAUGAGAGCAAGUUGCUUCUGAAUGGCUUUGACGAUGUCCGCUUCCUGGGGUCUAAUGUGAUGGAAGAGCAGGACCUGCGGGACAUCGGCAUCAGCGACCCACAGCACCGGCGGAAGCUGCUCCAGGCGGCACGCUCCCUACCCAAGGUGAAGGCUCUGGGUUAUGACGGGAACAGCCCCCCUAGCGUGCCCUCCUGGCUGGACUCCCUGGGGCUGCAGGACUACGUCCAUUCCUUCUUGUCAAGUGGCUACAGCUCCAUUGACACCGUGAAGAACCUCUGGGAGCUAGAGCUCGUCAAUGUCCUGAAGGUCCAGCUGCUCGGCCAUCGCAAGCGCAUCAUCGCCUCCCUCGCAGACAGACCGUACGAGGAGCCGCCCCAGAAGCCCCCCAGAUUCUCCCAGCUGAGGUGCCAAGAUUUGCUCUCCCAGACGUCAUCCCCGCUGAGUCAGAAUGAUUCCUGCACUGGGCGGUCGGCAGAUCUGCUGCUGCCUCCAGGGGACACAGGCAGGAGGCGCCAUGACAGUCUCCAUGACCCCGCGGCACCCUCCCGAGCGGAGCGCUUCAGGAUCCAGGAGGAGCACCGCGAGGCCAAGCUGACCCUGCGGCCCCCGAGCCUGGCAGCCCCCUACGCCCCAGUGCAGAGUUGGCAACACCAGCCAGAGAAACUCAUCUUCGAGUCCUGUGGUUAUGAAGCCAAUUAUCUGGGCUCCAUGCUGAUCAAAGAUCUGCGAGGGACAGAAUCCACGCAAGACGCCUGUGCCAAGAUGCGGAAAUCUACGGAGCACAUGAAGAAGAUCCCCACCAUCAUCCUGUCCAUCACAUACAAAGGUGUCAAGUUCAUCGAUGCCUCCAACAAGAACGUCAUUGCAGAGCACGAGAUCCGGAACAUUUCCUGUGCGGCCCAGGACCCGGAGGACCUCUGUACCUUUGCCUACAUCACCAAGGACCUGCAGACCAGCCACCACUAUUGCCAUGUGUUCAGCACCGUGGAUGUGAACCUGACCUACGAGAUCAUCCUGACGCUGGGGCAGGCCUUUGAAGUGGCCUAUCAGUUGGCCCUGCAGGCCCAGAAGUCCAGGGCGACGGGCGCCUCUGCAGCUGAGAUGAUUGAAACAAAAUCUUCCAAACCGGUGCCUAAGCCUCGGGUCGGCGUGAGGAAAUCCGCACUGGAACCACCUGAUAUGGACCAAGAUGCCCAAUCCCAUGCCAGUGUCUCCUGGGUUGUGGACCCCAAACCAGACUCUAAGCGGAGCCUCAGCACCAACUGCUGAUGCCAAGGCCCCACCUGCACUGGGACCUGCUCCUCUUGGGCGGGCGGCAGCGUAGACGCUGUACACUUGCAGCUCUCGCACCUACCACCACCGAACACUGUGAAUUCUCCCCCUUGGGCUGAGGACAGCUUGAGGGGGUGAGUUGCCUUUGAGGUGGGCAUCAAGAGGGCUCAGGGGUUCUGUUGCACCCUGGAAGCCUCCACGGGCAGGCACUGUGAACCCCGACGGGCAGGGCAGUCUCCAGCAGGAUCCCAACGGCACUGAUAGCUCCCCAGGGUUGGGCUGGGCUCUGUGUGGCUCCCUCCUCCUGUCUGCUGUACUGAGCCACAGCUGGGCACCGUUGCCAAGAGCUAGCUGACUGUUCUCACCUCUCCUGAACCAACCAACCACUGUGACCACCCAGUGCCAGAGUCCCCAGCACUCUGCUCACAGCCGGCCUGCAGCCCCACCCCACUGUCCUCCGCUACUCCGAGGUGCUGGCCUCACUCUCAUGGCUAGGCCCUUGUGAGACCUUGAGCUCAGUGAUGUGGCUGGACCAGGGACAGACUGCUUUCUGUGAGGGCCCAAGAUAUGCGCCAGGCCCUUGGGUCCGUGCUGACUGCCCCACUUGGGGCUCUGGGUAUCUGAACACUCACAGGCUGGCUCACACAGCAGGUGUCUCAGUCCUGAUGGGCCUUCCCCUCCAAGGAGGGGGGUGGCACGUGUGUGGACAGCCCCUCUAUCUUCGCCAUGGAGUCUCAAGGCCUGGCAGCCUUGGGCCUGGCUCUGGAGUCUAGCUCACUGAGGAGGAAGGCCUUCCGUAGAACCAACGAGGAGGCGGCCUGUGCCCUGCACACACGGCGCACCUUCCUCCCUCACAGAACAGAGCUGCUGGAGGACAGGGACCUGGACCAAGUGGCCUCCAUUGUCCUCUGGGAGCUUUCUGACAUUCUCCACGGUGGGGGAUCACAGAUAGCGCCGUCCAGCGCGCCCCUGACCGCCUCCCUCAGCCUCCUGACUCCUCCGAAAGGAGAGGCCGUCCCAUCGCAGCAGCUCAGCAGCUGGGAUGGUGGAGCUGAGUCUUUGAAGAGGCACCCCAUUCUCCAGUGUGGGCAAAUCAGUUUGGAUGGCAGGAGACAGGAAGGAAGCGGCGCCCAUAGGCAGCUGUGCACACAUAGCAGAGUCCACUAGGAAAGCCAGUCGGCCAGGGCAGUCAAAACCCAAGUCGAUAAACUGGGUGGGUCCUGCGUACCCACCCAUCCUUGUGCCUUCCUGAGCAGAGUCACUGAGCCAGAGGCAGUGGGGGCUGCGGGCUGUGGGUGCUCAAAGCAGGCAUGGAGGGUGCCCAGGGGAGGCUGUGAGGGAUCGUCUGUCCUGCUCUGUGUUUCCUUUCCAUUUCCUCCACCGUCCGCAGGCCCCAUUGGUUAACCCUUUCCUCCCCCCAUUGUUUGCUUCUGCCAAGCUGAGCCACUGAGGAACCACACUGUGCUGCGGAAACAUAGACGUGGGGGCAUAGGCUCCCACUGCCACCACCGCCAUCGCCUCACCUGCAGCUUCGAAGACCCAGGCCUCACCUCCGCCUGCAGGACCUCCUCUUGGCCACUUGGCCUGGGCCUGCCACCACCACGUCCUGCAGAACGAGCCCUGCCUUGGCUGUGGAGAAGCACUCCAGGCCGCUAGCAGAUGGGACUGGCAUUCCAGAGGGUCAAGAAGUGACUUGUUCAGAACACAUUGUUUUUAACAGAAAAAAAAUCUUUUUAUAAAAUGAACUUUUAACACUUGGCUCAAACCUCUAGGUCAUACUGCCAAUCUUUAGACAAAUGGCCAUGGGGCAGAGGACAGGGGAGCUGAGGUUGGUUCAGAGGCCAGCCUGCAUAGCCUCUGUCCUCAGGACGGAACUUGGGUGCAGCUCAGUGGGUUGGAAGAGAAGGCGGUGGCCUGUGGGUGAAGGGAACGGAGCAGGCUCAGGCAGAAUUGAGUACGGUGCGUCUGCUUUUCAAACCCAACCAUAUCAGCUGCUGCUCUUUAUGAACUGCCCAACUUCCUGUCCCUUUCAGGGGCUGGACACAGGCUUCUCGUAAGAACACAGCCUUAGAGGCACCUGAGCAACUCAAAGGUUUCCGGUCCAUUUCUGGGGUUCCCGAUGGGAAGGUUCGGUGGCCAAAUGAAGAUAAGUGUGCAGUUUCUAGUGCUGGGAAGUCUUAGCCAGCACCAGAGUGCCAGGCCUCUCCCUGGCCUCUUACCUGUCAGUGAUCGGAGCACUGCCCUGGGCUGGCCGGCGCCGUACUGCCUGCGUUAUGUCAGAGAACAGGAAAAGCAGCUUUGUUUGGGGCAUUAAUGCUUGGAGUAGGGUCAGCUAAGGUUGCUACUUGCCAAUUUGUGAUUUGUCUAAUCAGCCUGUGUGAUUGGGGCUCAUUUUGAUUCUCUGAAUUAUCGGUUUGACGGUUACACUCUCGGCUGCUGGGCCCAUCCCUGGCCCCCGGUGUGGAAAAGGCUAAAUAAGGUGACAGUGCAUCGAUGCUCCCCCGCGUGGCCUUUGGGGCAGGCUGGCAUCCCGGUGCGCCUCUGCUUCUUAAGCUUUCCUGCUGCUCGCUUUGCUUUUAAAAGUAACUUGGGUUGCAUUCUUCCCUCUGGACUAGAGUAGAAAUGCAGGGGAAACUGCUGUGGAUUUGAGAGGCAAAGUUGGCUCAGCUGUGUGCCCAGUUCCUCCUGUGGGCACUUUAGCAGGCUCUGAGCUUUCCUGGCAUAGGUCAAUCAGGUCCCAGGAUGAAUAAUCCAGGCUUCAGCAACACUCCUCUUUCCCAGCAAAGGCUGUGAAUUUGAAUUCUUUGUUGGUAUGUAUGUGCAGGGAGUACUGUUAGGCACAUUCUUAACCCAUGUGGUUGGCCAGAAGUCAGAAGUGGGGCUGUGUCUCUGGCUGGCUAGAGGCCAGGCCUUGUGGGUUUCUAUCUGCUAAGCACCCAGCAGGUUGGGGCCUGGGACUCAGCUCUCUCUGCGGUAGAGGCAGGCCCUCCUCCACUUCUUGGUACUAAACGAAGAUCUCGACACCUUGCAGUUUUACUUCAUUUCCUGCCCCUUUCAGGGCCUGUGAGGAUUCCCAUGAGCUACCGCUGUACAGUUCUUGGCCCCGGCUUUCUUCCAAGAGUUGACCAGGAACCCUAAAGCAUCCAGAGUAGACUGCGCUGCCACUGGGCGCAUGCUGGUGCCCGUCUUCCUCCUAAGGGGCCAGGCCACAUCCAAGUGGGCCUCUGUCAGGGGGGGGCGGUAGGUCCGAAAGAAACCGCAGACACUACGAUGCACUCCUCAAGCUGUCUUUUGUGCUUAGAUCAUCCAUAGGUGUUUCUUCUGCUUGAAGCUGCUAUAUCAUCUUUAUUUAUUCAGGGUAUUUUCAUAUUGGAAGCCUUGGCUAGUCUGCUCUAGCUCUGGGUUCUGUUUAGAGAUUGGUUUAUUUCUGAAUAUUCAAGAAAGGAAAAUGACUGGGCCUUUCUUUCUUUUCUUCUCCUCUGGGAUAGGUAGUCUCCCUUUCCUAGAAAGGUUAUUGUAACUUUAAGGACAGGCUUCAAGUGGGAAGGCCCCUACUUUUGCACUUCUCCAAGUGCAGGUCACACCAGGGGCAGACCCUGUCGCUGCGUUUCUGAACUGUGAAGGAGCCCAUUCGGGUGGGAGACUUCAGAUGGGCUCAGUACCUGUCCCAGCCACAGGCUUCUUGUCCACCUCUUCUCCCCUGCCCACCAGCUGCUCAGCGCAUAAGACCUUCCCGACAGGCUCUGCGUGUGCAGCUCUCUGCGUCCCUCCUGGGCCCUCCAGCGUCAGACACUAAUGGGAGUUCCCGAGAUGCUUGGGUUUGAGCAGGGAGCAGGCAGAGCUGCAGUCAGAGACAUUAGAAAACCAGUCUGAAUGGGGUCUGUCUUUGAGAUGCCCAGGCCAGCAGAAAGCAGCUCAGAAGUAUUGUUGCUCAUGGUGUGGCAAUGGACUGAACUGUAAUGAAAAUGUUAUUUAAUCUUUGUCUCUGUAUUUUGAUACUUGAAUGACUUUCCCUUUUGUUUUACUGUAUAUAAAAUUGUUAAUCUGUCUGAUUUUGUCUGAAUUAUAAACAUUUUGAGGUACCAAACAUAACCAAUCUGUGCAACAACAUAGACUGACCUCACUACCCAAGAGAGUGUAAAUAUUUCUGGGCUUCCAGCUUUGGUUUUGUUAUUUUCAUAACUGUACACAACUUAGAACAGACUGAAUUAAUAAAUGAGAAGCGACAUGAACGCAGCCUUAA